UCAAUGACAUUAAUGAGCGUUAUUUUCAUUCACAUUGAACUGUUAGACGUUUGAGGCUGUUCUACAUUUUUUUACACUAUUUUACAAAUUUACCAAUUAUCACUAAUGCACUACACAUUUUAAAAAGACAAAGGCAAUCAAAAGUGAUAGAAGGAUACUUAAGAAAAAAUAACUAAUACAAUUAACAAACAAACACAGUGAUAGGCACAACCCUGCUCUCCCUCUCUAGGCUCUCUAUUAUUCUGUCUCUCCUUGGUGCCCAAAUUAAAUAAAAAAAUAACAAUGUAGCAGGAGAGACAAUUAUGAUCAAUCAGGCAACAAAUUUAGUGCACAGUCACUAAGUCAAGUGAGCAGGCUAAACAAGCAGCAUUUUUUUUUGUUAACUAGACCUAGAUAGGCUGCAGUGUCUAGGUAAAACUUUUGUCUAAUGGCCUAGUGGUCCAUUAUAAACAGAGAAGGAAGCUAUUGAGAGUGGGAAACGUAACACUGUGUUAGACACUUAAUUUAGUUAGUUUAGUUACGCACUAUAAUAGACCGACAGUGAACGCACAUUUUAUAGUGACGACGUAGACGUUUGGGUUAGAGAUUAGUGUAGACUUUUAGAUCAGUUAAUUGCUAUGCUCUCAAAGGGAUAACAUUGUUGUAGUGACUGACUUGAAUGUGGCUUAUUCUGCAUUAAAGAUUGUUAUAUUUUCAUCUGGAGUGAACUUAGUCAUUGAGCCUUGGAUCUGGUUUGUUAUUGUAUACUGUUUUGUAUCGGAUUGCAUGCAGACUUACAAAUGUAAUGCAUCUUACAUGAUGCAAAUGUAAUGCAUCUUACAAGGACUAACCAUUACAGAGCUAAAAAAAAAUUCAAGCAUAAAAAUUGUGGCGCAGGUCUUAACCUGUUUACUAGAUGAAAAUGAGAAUACAUGUAGAUCUAGACUAAUCUAGAGUCUAGAUCUAUAUUAUAUAUCUAGUUCUAGAUCUAGGUAAACUAGAUGUAAUGUCUAGACCUAGACAUAGAUCACUUAUAAAAGAAUCAAAAUGUACUGGAUGGUGGAUGAACUUACAAAGACAGUGAAAGAAAUGCUGACAGAAGGAAACCUGCACAACAUUUUUGUUUUCACAGUUAUAACUAGUUCAUCAGUAUUAUCAGUUGUUGGUGCUGUGAGGCACAUCUAUACAUUCAUCUACAACUUCAGAAAGAAGCAAGAACUUAACAAAGUUACUUUGCGCACCUCAUCUAUAGACCAGGAUGACUCAGAGACAGAUGAGGCUACAGAAAAUCUACAUUUGGAAUUGAUGGAUAGAUAUAAUUAUACAUAUCUGAAUUGUCAACUAAAAAAUUAUCCAGUUCAUAAUCCAACACAGAGACAACAAAAAAAUAAAUCCUCUACCAAGAGAAAUAACUCUCCAAAAUGUUUAAAGUGUGAUGGAGGCUUGUGGGAGAGGCAUUGUGUGCAGGGCUUGUGUCAGAGCUGCUGUGAGAGUAGUGGCGGAUGCCAAGUUGAAGGUCACAUUAAACAACCUGAGUCCUACUCACCUUGGUUUGAAAAGUCUUGUUUUGGUGAUCAGAUCAUUUCCAUUUGUCACAUGGACUUGAAAGAGUUUCCUUCUCGAUUUGGUUUUCAUUGUAUGAAUGCUUGUGGCCUGGAUGCAUCUCAUAACAGUAUAACAGAAAUACCUGAACAUGUAACUUUAAUGAGAGGCCUUGUGAAUAUAAGCUUGUCCUACAACCAACUCUCAUACAUUCCUGAUUAUUUUUCUGCAUUACACAACUUAUCUUUUGUUGAUCUCAGAAACAACAAGAUCUCAAAAUUUCCAGAUUGUUUGCUAGAGCUUCACCAGCUACAUAGACUUUAUUUGGACCAUAAUCAUUUGGACCACAUUCCUAAUGACAUAGAUAAAAUGAAUUCUUUACAAAGCCUUAGUUUAGGCUAUAAUAAUAUCACUGAAAUCUGUGACGGUGUCUUCAAUCUUCUUGGGUUAAAGGCUUUGUGUUUCCGUGGAAACAAGCAACUGCUCACUCUACCAGCCGCUGUGAAAAAUUUGAUUGGGCUGCAGAAGCUGGAUCUGAGCUAUUGUGACCUUCACCUUAUACCUUCAACCAUCAGUUCAUGUACAGUCUUGAAAAGUUUUUACAUCUCAAACAACAGGUUGGUCCACAUUCCUGGUGAAGUCUCGCACUGCUACAGGCUAGAGCAACUGGACAUCAGCUGCAACAGGUUGACCUACUUACCAGCUGCCUUGCUGUUCAGGCAGUCUCAACUUUCUAUACAAACUUUUGGCAACAAUUUUCUGAGAAAGACUGACCCAACAUUACAGUGGACAUCAGUUGAACAAGUUCUCUUUAACUGCAGGAGGCAUGUGCCAUCCCUGUGGCUGCUAUCUAGGUCAGCUGUGGAAAAAUGGGGCCUGGACACUGGCCAAUUACCUAUGCCUGUUCAAAAUGAGCUAAUCAACCAGAGCACAUGCUAUCAAUGUGGAAAGAAGCAGGACCUUGAUAGUGUUAAACUUGUCAAGUUCUUAAACUUUGACCCCAGGCCACACCCUCAAUCAGUGCUGUCUCAAGAGUAUCCUUUCCUCUUUACAUUCUGCCCGAGCCAUGUCGUAGAGAACAGUUUGGACAUUUGUAUUGAUGCCUCAACCUUCACCUAAACAUCUGUCACUCUCACUCAGCAUUGGACUCAAGAUGUCGUCACUGGCUAUUGUUGUUGUCUGUUGUUAACACAUUUAAAAGAGAAAAAAAAACUACAUCAGUAUGAAGGAAAAAAAUAUGAAUAAUUGUUGAACAUUGACAUUUUGUUUUAAAGAGCUCGUCAGAGUUUUGAUAAAUGUUUUACAUGUUUCGGAUGUUCCCUCAGAGUUGAAGAUAAUCUAAACCUCCCGCAGGAUGACUGGGGAGAGCAGCUGGUGGGGUAUGAACCCGGGACCAUCGAGUUGACCGAAAAAAAAAAAGUCUAGCAUGCUUACUGCUUGACCAGACAUAACCCUUAAUCCUAAAGUUCUAAAAGUAAUGCAGUUUGUUUUGCAAUUAAAAUAUAUUUUUAAUGUAACAACUGAAAUACAAGGCCAAAUUUUGUUUCUCAUGUUACAAAAAUCAAAAGGCCUAAAAAAAAUCCCAAGCUCCUCUCAUCAAUAGAAACUUCUUUCACCUUCUUCCUUGUCUCUUUUUUCUCCCCUCCCUUUCCAGCUCCAAACAAAAAUUUGUUUUGAAAACUUAAUAGAAGAGAGUUUGUUUCAAAGCAGCAGAUUCUCUGGUUCAUCAGUAUUAAUGCUUAAAGUCAGGAAAAGUUGGAAGUUAUGAGAAGCUUUACAAAGUAAAUCACAGCAUUAUCCAUGCAUAUAUUAUGUUGUUGAAGCAAUGCAAUAUUAUUUUCUUGUUGUUUUAGUGCAAUCAGGGCCAGCUUUAAAAUAGAUUAAUUAGUAUCCUUUUAUUCAACUGAAACAACUGAUAUUGUUAUGUUUCAUCCAUAGUGUUUGUAGACAAUCCUAAAUUCCUGAAUUGUAUCAGUUUUGAAAAUUAUAAAUAAAACAGUCUGUCUUUCAUUCUACU